AUGAGAUUUAUUACGGGGGAUUCCAACGGGCUGCUGAAGAGUGUGCGAGUGCACGCAGCGGAAGGCGACACAGGCGACACAGGCGACACAGAAAUUACUGCUUCGCUGCUCACAUCCGACGGUGUAGAAGCGCAAAGGAAGAUUACGCAGCUGCAGUACACGCCAGCGACGCGCAAGCUGCUGGCGGCACGUUCCGACGGAGCCCUACAGCAGUACACGCUGUCCGGCAAUGGUGAGGCGCUCGCACUGGAUGCCGAGUGGACGGACAGCCGGAGCGCGGAGCGCAGCAUAGGCGUGGGCGUGGGCAGCGCGGGUGGCACCCAAGUGAAUAUGAGCGUGACGAGCAGCGGCCAUCUCUGCUACACCAGCCCACCUGCACACUCACCCCGCUUCUUCAGCCUCCCUCCGCGCCUCACUUGCAUGCGCACCUCCCCCUCUGGACGCUUUAUGGCGGUGGGCGGUGUAGAGCAAGAGCCGUCGGUGUGGGAUGUGCAGCGGGUGUGUGAGAUGAGCGAGGAUCACCCUACUGCUUAUGCACCCCGCAUCCCUCAAGGCAAGACUAAACUGGAAAGGCGCAAGGAGAAGCUGGCGUUGCACGACGGAGAGCUCUGGCGCGCGCGUAAUGUCCCUAACGAUAACCUCAACCUUCGCUCCCCCGUGCAUGUCACCGCCCUCGAGUGGCUCGACGAUAACACUCUCCUCACCGGCAGCGCGAGUGGGAGUGUGCGUCUAUAUAGCUGGCGUGAGCAGAGUGAGCAGGGUGAGCACACAGGCACAAAAGGAAAAGUAGGCACAAAGUCGAACAACUCAAAUAGACCGCUGCGCUCAACAGACACGCUCACUGCUAGCCCCAUCAGAUGUCUGGCGAGAGGGGCUCACGGGAAUGUUUUCGUCGCGGACAGUAAUUGUGCUCUUAUGAACGUAGAUACUGCCUCGAUGCACCUCCGUAAUGCUUACAGGGGCCUCGGCGCGGCGGUGGGCUGUGUCGCUACCACUUCUAAUCCCCUCAUAUCACUUAGUGGUGCGAUUGACGGGUUCGUACGCGUUCAUUCGACUGUCACGCCAGGAACACACUCCAAGGCUGCCAUACUCGCCUCGGCUUUCGUUAAGUCUACCCCUAUGGCAAUAGUGUGGGAUGGGGAGGAGCAGGGUCAGGAGGUGAAGGAGAAAGAACACGUUAGGGAAACAAAAUCAGGCAAACACAGCAAAGAUGGUAAGAAAAGAGCAGACAGAGAUGACCAGGAAAGCGACAGCGAAGGUGAGCUGGAUGACGUGCUCAGGGACAUGGAAACAGUCACGGGGGAGGAUAUGAAAGUAAAGCGCAAAGCUGAAGGAAGGAGGACAAAGAAGAAGCGUGUUUAG